AUGACGACCCAAUCUCUUAUAUCCGUUUUCGGUCUUUUAUUCAUUCAAAGAUUUUCCGAUCUCGGUAUAACGACCAAAGGUGCCUCGAUAAUAAUGGGAAUGCAAACGACGAGUUUAAAUUUAUCGGGUUUAAUCAUCGGUCCUGUUAUAAAAAAAUAUUCCUACAGGAAAACGGCAGCAAUGGGUGCCAUAUUAGUGGUCGUGGGAUUGUUAUUGACGAGACACGCGGAUUCACUUAUUAAAUUUAUAUUCAGUUAUAGUUUAUUCACAGGUUUAGGUUUAGGUUUAUUAGGUCCAUCGACGUUCGUAGCCAUCGAUUCGUAUUUUAGUAGUCGAAAAGGACGUGCUGUUGGUUUUUCCGUUUGCCGGGGUACCUUAUUAAUAUUUAUCAGGUUGGGCUUUACAGGCUUUUUUGGGGAGCAACAUUAUAUCAACCCAUUAAAUGCACAUGAAGAAACAACUCACGUUUCAAGAAUCAGAAACAUCAGAAGAGGAAGAAAAUUUAAUGAUGAAAGAAUUAACGGGUAUCAAACGUCAAAAAUAAAUCCGAAAAAUAAUGAUGAGGAAGAAGAAGAAGGAGGAGGGGAAGGAGGAAAUUUUUUAAAAAAAUUAAGUAAAGAAAUGCACGUGGAUUUGAUAAAAAAUCCAUCUUUUGCAAAUUUACUCAUAGGCCUCGCAUUGGUUUAUGUUGGAAACAUCAUAGACUAUUCUAGGCCUCACAUAGCACUUUGCAUGAGCGUAUUAUCAGGUAGCGAUAUCAUCGGACGAAUAUUAGUUCCUAUAUUUAGUGAUAUUUUUAAAAUAAAAAGCAAAACAAUGUUUUUCUUAGGAGCUGCGCUAUCUGCAUUCGCUAGAUCAGCACUCGUCUGGCAAAAAAAUCUUACGUCAACUCUUAUAUUCGCUUCCCUAUGCGGAAUCGUUCGUGCAGCUUUAAUAUGUAAUUUUAACAUGAGUAUAUCUGAACAAACUGUACCUGAAAAAUUACCUUCCGCUUUAGGUCUUCACAUGUUAUUCAAAGGAUUGGCCAUACUUGUAUUUGCUCCGGUCAUAGGUUUUGUUCGAGACUACACAAAAAGUUAUUCGUUUUCUUUACACAUAUUAAACGUUUUUUUUUUAAUAUUACCCUUUUUCACUUGGUUAAUUGAAUUUAUUUGUACCAAAGACACGAGAAAGAGGCUGCCGCCAUAUUGA